AUGAUUGAGAGUAAAGACGAAAUAAAUCCGACUCCAUUAUCACCAUUACAAGUGCAUUAUUUAAAAAAAGAACUUAUUUCUAGGCAAAUAAAAUCCGAAAUCCAAUUACUCUCGCAAUAUGGCGCUUUAAAAAAUCUAGGCCCACCAUUUGCCAAUAAAGAUUGCGUGGAAACUGACACCCCAUUUUUACGAUUCAUAUUUAGUCGUUUUGUACUCACAUUCCCGUUUCUUCAAAAAGCCGAUAGUACUUUUUGGUCUAAAUUAUCAGAAUUCUUGAACGAAUUUGCUAAAAAAAAUAUCAGUACUACUUCUACAAGAGACGAAAGAACUAAAAGAAAGAAAUUGGGAGAAAAAAUCGUCAACGAACUUACAUUACUACUUAACGCUGGAAUAAAAACCACUGCUGGAAAAGAUGAGUCAAUUAAAGUUGAUUUUACUAGUGCUUAUGAGAAUCGCAAUCGAAAAUUAUUAAAUGAUUUGUCAUGUACCAUUAAUGGAUGGAAUAUUAAUAUUGUGUCCGUGAGGACUGUAUUGGAGAAACAUCGAAUUCGUGAACAUGCUCAUUCGGAAUAUAUAAUUCAAGUAAAACGUCAAACUUUCAAUGAAAUUAUUUUCGUUGCGAGACGUUAUAAAGAUUUUAAAAAUUUAUAUAGCAAACUUAAAAGUGAAUUUGCGUCAAUGGAUAUUCCUCAACUGCCAACUAAAGUUAAAGAACAAACAUCUUCGACUUUCAAUAAAUCACAAUCAGUAUCGGAUGAUCCAUCUUCUAACGGUCAAUACCGGCAUGAGAAAAAUCGUCAAAAUUUACGCGCAUAUCUACGUUCCCUCCUUUCCAUUAGAGAAAUUUCCAGAUCAAGAAUAUUGUUUGUUUUCUUAACCGAUUCCUCCCUUACUUUGAACGAGUAUGAAAAGAGAGAUAUAGCGGAAAGACGAGAGUUGGAUUCAAUUAGAGAUGAACAACUGAGAAAAUUUAAUGAAGAGGCGGAAAAUCGUGCCAAAGAACUCGAACAUCAUGUUUCGGAAUUCAAACAAGAAGUCAUGAAUUCAGAUGGAUUAUCCAAGGUUAUUUAUACAAUCCAAGAGACUCCAAACGCUUUCAACUUACCAAUAACAUAUCAAAAAAUUAUCGAGUGGGGCGAAAUAGGAUUUGCUUCUACCUUAUACUCUCUUUUCAUCGGAUCUGAUAAUAGUAGUGAAACUUUUGCACAGCUUAAACGUACACAUAGUAUAAUGCCAUAUAAAACUAUUCGGGCCGUAAUGAAAAUCUCAAAUCCUGUAGCGUUAUUGAGGGGGAUAUUAGACUUAUUUCUAGCACAACCUUUCGGACAAAAAAGCUUGGCCCAAAGGAUCCUUUCAAUGAGCGUGACCGAAGAUCUUAAAGAACUUGGCAAAGAUAUUAAAACUAUCGAAGAUGAAAUAAAUGAUGAUGGAGUAUGUGAAAAAUUACGGAAUUUCGUAUAUUCUCCUAGUGAACUUCAGACAGAAAUAAUGAGAGAAACGAAAGAAGAACAUAUCAAUGCUCUCAUCUUUGCGAUAUUACAUACAAAGCUUCUAACUCCUGAUUUAAAGACUAUACAAGUAGCGAGAUUUACUGGAAGUAUCAACAAUAUGAAAAUUGAUAAUACAGAAUUAUUAGACAAUUUAAAGAAAUUAUUCUUUUUCUAUGUUCGUCAAAGAGAUAAAAAAAUGAUGAUUGAAUUACUGUUUCAGGGCAUUACUGGCGAUCUCUUGAAAGACAUCAUCACCAUCUUCUAUGAGCCAUUGGCAAAAGUAUAUAAAGCUGCAAAUAUUUCCGAUACUUUAUCUGACCUUUCUGAAUUUUUGGAUGAUUUAAUUAAUGUUGUCGAAGAAGCUGAUCGAAGAGGCGUCGUUAUGUAUAGUUCGGCUGAAUCGGUUGUCCAAACAUUUGUGUCGCUGGUGCAUCGACAUAUUCCAAAAUUUUAUUCUUUUGUUCAUUCAGUGUAUUCACACGACUCAACGGGCUUAUUCAAUUCAUUCCUUAAAUGGAUUGAAUCUAUUUUUAAUUUUAUACGUGAUGGAUUAACCGAACAAAUAGAUGUGCAACAAUUAAUUGACACGGUAUUGACAACUGAAGAACGAACCCUUCUUUCAACAGAAUUAGAUAAUUUAAUGAGUUGGCAUACUUGGCGAAAGAAGAGACAAUUGAUGCGGCUGAAAAUUGAAAUGGACAAGCAUGAAGAUGAUGACGACUCGCAAAGUUCUGUUUCCAGUUCAAAUUCAAUGAUGGACAUUAAUCAUAAGAGGGAGUUUCCUGAAUUAAAAGUUAUGCCAAAAUUAUUAUCUCCAUUCGUAAAGUUAAUAAGCAGCUCUAUGCGUCAAAUUAAUAUUGAACAAUGCUAA